AAUAAUUCGGAAUUUAUUUGUCUUUGGAAAAAUUGUAAUCGUAAUUUUGAGGAUGCGGAAACUCUUUAUAGUCAUCUCUCAACAGAUCAUGUAGGUCGUAAAUCUACAGGAAAUCUUUGUCUUGACUGUCAUUGGGAUGAUUGUGAUGUUCGAACCACCAAAAGAGAUCAUAUUACAAGCCAUUUACGGGUUCAUGUAACAUUAAAACCACACAUAUGCGAGAAAUGUAAAAAAGCUUUUAAAAGACCUCAAGAUUUAAAGAAACACCACAAGAUACAUAGCGAAAUACAUCAACAACAAUUAAGUCAUAUGAAAAGU